AUGUCAGGCGGCUUUGCUGACAUCUGGCUAGGAAGGUAUAAAGGUCGCUCAGUGGGACUGAAGGUCCUGCGCGUUUAUGGUUCUGACAAUCUCAGUAAAGUUAAAAAGGUAAACUAUAUGCGCGCGCUUUAUGAGAAAAAUAUUGGCUCAGA